AUGAGCGGCAAAAUAUACUGCAUCACCGGCACCAACCGUGGCCUAGGUCUUGAAUUUGUCCGGCAGCUCGCCGCGACCAAAUCAAACACCAUCAUCGCCACCGUCCGCAAUGCCUCCACAGACCUGGCCGAUCUCAAGUCCGUGGCGUCAUCCUCAACGCACAUCUUGGUCUGCGACACGAGCGACCCUGACUCCAUCGCCUCUUUCGUGCCCGAGGCAACCUCACUCCUGGCUGGCCGCAAGAUCGACUUCCUGCUGCACGUCGCAGGCGUCAAUUUCCACUCGGAACAGACCAGCCUGUCGAUGACCGCAGACGCACUCCAUACCAACCUACAGGUCAACGUCUUCGGGCUCGCGAGGACGACGCAGCUGCUCCUAAGCAGCGGGGCGCUGGACCCAGACGUGCGCAUCCUUAACAUGACAUCCGGACUGGGCAGCCUGGCCAAGUCCGAGGGGAUAUCGCCGCGCAAGUGCCUGCCCUACAGCAUCUCCAAGGCAGGGGUCAACAUGCUCACGGUGCACCAGGCCGAGGAGCUGCGGACGGCAGGGCUACCCCAGGCCGUGGUGCUGGCGGUGGACCCCGGCUGGGUAAAGACACGGAUGGGUGGCGACGGUGCGGUGCUGGAGCCGGAAGAGAGUAUUUCCGGCAUACUGAAAGUUCUACACGGUGCCAAGGACGAGGACAACGGGAAGUUCUACAGUUAUGACGGGUCGGAGCAGCCGUGGUAG